UGUGCAAUAAUGCGACCAGUCACACCUUGUGAAAAGAAGAUAAUUGAAAAGUAUAUUUCUCAACCAGAUUCUUACUUCUAUGCAACAAACGUUGAAAGAAAUGGAGAUCCAGAUUUCAUAAAGCAACAUCUCUCCUUAUUACCGAACGAUCAGCCUUCACUGGAUCAGACCUCAUUGGUUCAGCCUUCACUAGACGAUAAUAAAAUUCAUCAGCCUAAAAAAAUCUCGCAAUUCCAAGAUUUUAUAGUCCAUCUCAUUCACAAUUGGCAUUUCCAACCAAUAGAAUUAAAGGAAAAAGAUUUUAAAUCAAAAAGUAGUAUAGCUUCGGCAAAAAUAGUACAAGAUGAAAAUAAUAUCCCGGUUAACUCGUGUAAUAACGUUCAAGGCAACUGA